UUGGGCCAAGGUGUGAAUAUCAUUCCAAGAUAACGACAAUAAAGACUAUAAUGCUCCACAGAUAGUUACAACAGGCAUGCCGCUCCAGCCUAGUACAUUCGCCCCCGCAAAAAAUCGACAACCAUCAGGCCCACGCCCACCCCCACUUCGCAGCUCGAUUGCCUCCACAGCCUCAUCCCCAAAAUCAACGUCUGACGUCCCCAUAUCCGUUAGGCCUUCAACUACAUCCCUUGCAAAGCUAGAAUACAGAACAGAAUCUCCGCUCGAUGCCCUUCUCAGCCUCGAAAGUCAGUACACGGUGUCCCCAGAGACUUCUCCAAAGUUGCGCGAAGCUGCAGGACCGAGCCGCCAAGUGUCUGAAUAUGAGCCCUUACCUCCAUCAACAUUUCAUACUCGUCCACCUACAGGAGGGCACACAAAGAUAGCUCAGGACGCUCCUUCCAGCAGAGAGGCUUCUAAAGCGCAUUCAAAGUCUGGACCCGAUAGACCAGAUGCCUUACCCAUGCCGACGUUUUCUAUUGCCUCUCGUCCCUCUACUCCCACAAGUUCGGCUACAAGCAAGUCCAAACCCAGACCCAAGCCUACCCGUCUAAACACCAAUGUCAUUAGCAGCUCAUCGCUUACGUCUCCAGCCAAGAUAGUUUCACCAGGUAUCAAGCACUGGCAACAGGUCCGAGCUCAUGUUCUGGCACCAACUCCCAUAGAAGAACGACAACAACAUACUGCACGGCUGGGGAAAAAGCCCGGACUCGUGUCUAAAGCAGCAGGGAGAUUUGGAUUUCGACAUGCGGCAGAUAACGUUAUUGGGUAUACUGAUAGACGGAGAUCGAUGAACGGGCUUUUGGCAGAGCUGGGUGAUCUCACUGAGGAAGAAAAGGAAGCCGUUGCUAGAGAGCGUAGAAGGUUUGCGAGAGAUAUCAAAGCUUGUCUUGAUGCUUGUGCUCUUGAGGAGAGUCGCCGGAGGCUUUCCAGGAUCGACUCGAACCAGAAUCCAAGUUAUCCCGACGACGCCAGGCCAAGUGCAGCAUCUAUACACUCCGCGGCUAUCCACGCCCACCCUCAUACUGCUCAGAGGUUUACUUUCGACCCUUCAUUCUCUGCUUUUGCCCCCUUGUUAACUGAACUUCACAAGUAUCUUCCAGAUGCACGUUCCAAAAAGCCAUGGUCUCGUACCUGCCCACACCAUUCUGAGAUCCUUGCAGAACUAGGCGUGGCAUUCCUCGAAGAUUCCACAUCCACCGAUGGAGAGAAACAGCAAGCUUUGGAAGUGUUUGGCACAAUCGUAAAAAACUGGGCGGCAGACACAGCGGAAGAAGUCAUAGCACGGUGGCAAUGGCUUUGUCGCGCCCUUCUCACCGACGACCGUCAAAUACGGUCGCGUGGUCUUGCACUUUUAGACAACUUCGUGCACUUCGAUACUUCUUUGCCACGUGGGCAUGAAGUACCACACACGGCCCUCUCUUUCCUUGCUUUAGCCUCCGACCUGCUCAUCCUACUCCAUGCGGUACAAACUGCAAGAAAUCCCGAGCCUUCUCAUCAGUCCAAGGUGCAGAGAUUUUUAGAUGAGCUGAGCGACGGAAGAAUCAUACAAGUGGAAGUGGCAUCUAUAGUAGAGCUUGUAGGGGAUGUGGAAAUGAGUACAACGAUGGGAGGGAUAGAAAAGGAGAUCAUGUGGAUGGCGGUGGGUGUUGUGAUACAGACACAUCCCCAUCUUGCGCGAUGGCUUCUUGAAAUCAAUGUUCAUGGUAAACAGCUUGUUCUUGAUCAGUUUGCCCCUCUGCCUUUUCUUCAUGCGACACCGCCUCAUCUCCCUCCACUACGUUCGCAUACGACUGUUGUCUUGCUGACAUCCCUGGCUUCGCUCGUUCGCACACUCACUGAUUUUGCGCUCAUUCCUGCCAUCUGGAAAACUGUUCGAAUCCAUGUCUUGCCAGAGAUAGAGACACUACCCAGUGGUGACGUGUUGGCCCAAGCGCUCGGGAAACUCGUGUUUGAACUGGAAGUUCUUUUCUACAGAGUUCAGCCACUUCAUCCGGGGACUGCGGAAGAUUCCUUCAGAGCCUACGCUGAGUCCCAUCCCGCAAAUGCAGGUCUAGCUUUCUUUGAACACAGAGACUUGAUUUUAAGGUAUACAGUGAAUGAAACGCUAUGGAAGGGCCCCUUUGUGGAAGCUGCUAAGCAGGUGAUCAAGAGCGCAUCACUGGGCUCAGCUUGCGAUAUGGUGGAAGGUUUCGUGAGAAGAAAGGAUAUGGCCGCCCUGGGAAGAGAAUGUGUAGCCACCUUGUUUUCACAACAUCUCACGUCUACACACUCAACUCAGCUCGCUUUCCCUCUUCUGUCUUAUCUAUCACAGUUUCAUCCCCAGAUCCUCUAUAAGCCCCUUUUCGCCUUAUCCGCAAGUACUCAAGCAAAUUCCCUCCUUCCCUCCCUUCUUCAAGUGAUCACCUUCACCCAUAUCCUUUCUCCCUCGAAAUUCUGGCUGACCGAUCCUCAAAUGGUAACGAUCGUUCUGAUGGGUGAUGCUCGCCCAAAAGUGAGUAAAGGGAAAGGUAAGGAAGGCGAGAAAGCGGUGAGAGAUGUCAGAUUAGGCAGAUGGGCGGCCGCAGUAGAGUUCAUCCUGGUUUUGAAAGAGAUAUCGGAGGUGGAGGGCAUGAAUAAGGACGGCAAAAAGCGGAAGACGUUUGGAGAUGAAGUAGAGGGCCGGUUAGCAGCGUUCUUGGAGGCAGAAGAAAAAGAUGGUGCUCUGCCGACAGGAUAUAGAGCAUUAAUGUGCCAGGUGUUGUGGACUUUGAGAUUCAAGACCCAAUCUGCAAAACAAGCUCCGUGGACGAAGCAGCUGAUCUCUUGGUUCAUUGAUACCUCAAGGUACUUAAUCCCGUCAGAAGAAGAACAAGCCACCAAGUAUUUGCGGGCCAUGUAUCGCACAUUCUCUCCUGAAACGUUACCUAUUGACCAAUCGAUUGGUCAGCCGAUAGUCCUACCUUUUUCAGCCCCUCAUGCCUCUGUGAAUUUUAAUCACGAAGCUCGCAUUAAGAUUUUAACUCGAGGCAUUGAGGACGUUCUUCCACCAUUAUUGGUCCUGACCCAUGACAGUCUUUCGACUCAAGAUUGGGAGACGAUUCUGCCUUUUCUAUGGGCUUGGUAUGGCACAAAAGCCUCCGCUACCAGAGAAAUUGGUUUCUUGCUCGAGAAAUGUGCUGAGAUGGCACCAGCCCAAUUGAGAAGUAUCGUCAUUUCCGAUUUAACCAGCACCAACGCUGAAGUUCGUUGCCAGGCCCUUCACAACAUCUCCAUUUUAUUUGCGUGGCGCAACCAAAUCUUAUCCCAACCAAUUUUCACUUCUCGCCGCGGUCCUUUAUUUCAUUUCCCCGCCAAAACCCUCGAAUUCGUUCCCACGGAAAUUGGCUCCUCAAAAUGGGUCUCACCGCAAGAUGUGCAAGAUACCCAGCUUCAAAAGUUUGGCCAGACCCUGCCCCUGGAGCUAAGGCAGAGAUUGAACGAGCUGAGGUGGAGUGAUGAAGAUGAGCUGAAGGGCAACUCCGACUGGGAGCAAACGCCGGUUAGCUCUUUGCCUGGGCUUGCAUUCCAGUCGGAUGGGAAUCUCAUCAAUGGAAGUAGUAGCGGGAGACCGUCAAGUCCCGUGGAGUCACUUGUCCGAAAAGGCUCUAACGCAUCAGCUGGUUCAUCGUCGAACAAGAGAAGAAAAGCCAUCUUUGCCCCACUGUUCGUAAAUAUGACUUAUGAUCAGAUGACAAUCCUUGCGGGCGAAGUGGACGGGCCUAUAAGCGCGACUUCUCUCGAAGUGGUGCGACUUUUACAGAGGGAUGAUGUCGUCUCUUUCUUGAGACCUUUUACCGAAAGAAUGAAAGACCAAUUCCUGAAUGCGAUGGAGAGACUUGAUAGGGUCACUAAUGUCUUGACACCUGGUUUCGCCUACUCAGCAAUCAACGCUAUUGUGGGAUAUCUCAAGUCUUCGUUAAAGGCCAACGCCGAUGUUGAAUACUGGGACAUAGCUCUGGCAUCAGUGGUUCGGCUUGUUCCAUCUGUCAGUGAGAUAUCGCUCCGCGAUAUCAGGAAAAACAAGGCGGAGCACGUGCUCCUUCCCGCGUCUAUCCACGAGGAAGAUGGGGGUUUCAGGAUCCAUGCUCCUUGGCGUAGAGGCCAAAGAGGUGUGCAAACUGCCCAGCUAUUGAUUCUCAACGAAAUUCUUAAAGUCAACCCACGUGAAGUAUAUCUCGUCAAGAAAAUGCUCCACAAUUUACAUAUUCAAUCUUCCAUCAACCAUCUCCCCUUUGCUCGAGCGUGGCUCGUUCUCGUGCUCACUCUUUUUUCAUUUGUCAAUCGCAAUUACAAUGACCGAGCCGAGCUGCGACACUUCCUUUCAAAUGUUGGUGACAUUUUGCUAUUACAUGGUCAGAGUGACCUUGUGAUUGUAGCACACGCUAUGCGAAUAUUCACGCUUUGUUCUGCCCGCUUUCGCAGGGUCUUUAGCUCUAUGGGAUUUCCAACCAUCAUGCGCCCUGUUUAUGAGACUUAUGCGGCUAGUAACGCAGCCAUAAAAGACUGCAUCGAGUACGCUGCGAAGAGUUUUUACAGGAUCCACGAGGAGGUAUUUGUGUACCAGACUUGUGUGGUGAUUGCAGACGGCGGUUACGAUGCUGAAGCAGUAUAUGCCUUUCUCUCGAGUCUCUCACACGAAAGCACAGUUUUAUCGGGCGUGACGUCAGGUAUUAGAGGGAGUAACGACAAGGAGGAAACCGACGCGUUGGUUCAGAUGGUGUCUGGCCCAGAAAUUACUCUCGCGGAGAUCGGUAAGGAAGCUGCUGAGAGACAGGCUAUCAAACUCGCUUCAAUCACGCUUGAAGACAAACUUUUCCCUAGGGAAAACAUUGUUCGGCUUUUUGUUACUGCCAUUGCCUCCAAUCCUGCCACCACAUGUGCUGCCAAUUUUUUACGCCUCCUCUCUGCCCUUGUGCCAAAAAUGAAUGACUCGGUUAGCAAAGAUUUGCUUUCUGAGGGCGUGGAGGCUUUAGGGUCUGUCAUUAUCAAGGGAAAAACCGGCGACGAUGCUGCCAAAUCUGUUUUCCAUCCUGGUGCAAAUGAUAGCGAGGCCGAUUGGACCAGAGCCAGGAGGGAGUAUGUUUUUUUGGUGCAGUCAUUUGCGAAAGCUGGUGGUCAUCUGGGUACGUCAGCCACGAGGAGAACACUUGAUAUGGUGUUAGAUCUUUUGAGAAAGCAACCAGAGUCAGUUGGUCCGUCGGCAUCAAGCAUCGUUGGUGAAUUAGCCAAAACACGGCUAGCUUCAGGUCGACCCACUCCGUUCCUACGAGAGAUUGCGCCAAUCUUCCGAGCCUUUAUCUCCGUUGUCGAUUUCUCUGGCAUGCUCGAUUCCAUUAGUGCUCUCAUUCGAUUAUCUAACUAUAAUCUGGACGAGGAGAUCACGCGCAUAAUUGUCCAUGAUUAUGUUGAGCCAGCUGUGAAACUACUGGCGUCAGCAUCUAAGGAUAGCCUUGCAUUUAUUGUGCCGUUGAGGUCAAGUGCGGUCAAACUGUUAAGCGUGGCGGUAUUCCUGCAAGGCGAUGCCCUGGGGGCCUUGGAAAGGCAUCAUGCGAGUGCCAGUCUACUGGCUUCGGUAGUAAUGCCGCUUUGCCUGUUGCUCGAACCCCCUCGUGAGGUUGAUCGGCAAGAUAUCUACUCUAGUCUCUGGAUCCGGCUUCUCCACUAUGUGCUUAAGGGCUCAAUCGAAGAAGGUGGCGAUAGCCGCAAAUCAUCAAAUGCUUCCCUCUAUCAUCCUCGGUCGAUCGCCGCUAGCACUGUCCUCGUGGUGCAGAUAGUAAAAAUUGUCCUCAUUCGAGCACCGGGCAGCAUUAACAGGGUAAAGGGCCUAUGGACAUAUGUUGCCCGACGUAUUCUGCAAAUAGUUGAUUGUGGUAAUGCGCGUUUCAUGGACUCUCAGCGAUCCCUCUCUCCGAGAGUUGUCGAUUGGUUGAUGUGGAGCGUAUUUGAGCUGAUAGCGCUCCAUCCAAGCGCCUUGCAUAUUGAAUUCCAAGCUCGAGUCCAUCAGGCGCUGGCGAUGAUCGAUAAACAAGAAACUUAUUCGUCCCGCCCUUCCUCUCCUGCACUGGGUCCAACGUUAUCUGCGUCAACCUAUCCACAGUAUUAUCCUGGCCGUGCGCGACUGUCAUCUAAUCGUCCGUCAUCGUUCAUUGGGCAUGCACGAUCGCCUAGUAAUGUAGGACAUGAUCAUACACAAUUUGGUAGCCCUGAUCGCUCAACUACUGCUAACUUAGCGGUGACUCCAAGCCGUAACAGAAUUAGUUCCAAUAACUCGAGCCCCAACCAUUCUCCAUCUCUACUACCGUCCUCGCUUGCCCAACCUCAUGGUGUUGGGCCAGGAGUUGAAGUCGUUCACAGCCGAUCACCCAGUCAGCGUAAAACCACAGGUCUAAGCCCUGCUGGAGCCGCACGUCCAUCUUUUGUUGCCCUUUCAGCACGUCGUGCCUCCCAACCUGUCUUUGAAGCAUUCUCUUCGGCUUACCCGACCAAAAACAGGUUUGCCUCUUCUGCUAAUAUUCGCGACUUGGGCAACUCAUCUGAGAAACCUGGCGGUGCAAUCAUACACCUUCUAGGUGCCCCGAAUCAGGUGCUGUCUGCCACCAGUAGCGGUUUUCCUACACUGUCAUUGACAAACUCAAGUGUGAUAAGCCCAACAGGGCCGAAGAUUUCGACGCAAAGUGUAGAAAAGGCUCUCAGAGAUGUGUACAUCAAAUCCGAAGAAUUGACUCAGAUGGCCUCGAAGGCUGUUAGAACCGUCAUGCUUGUUUACGGAUGGCGAUUCGAUAAGGAGGAAGAAGAUGUGGUCAGAAAUUGGACCGUUCUAGAUGCUUUGCAUAUUGUAUCAAAGCAGACAAAAGUGUUUGUGGAAGAAGAGUUUCGGGAUGUAUUUUCCCCUGCAGCAGACUUAUAUGAAUCAGACGAUGCUUAUAUCGACUCGGAGAAACAAGAAGGGGUCUACGACUUUCCCGACCGGAUGAGAGCAAGCGAGAGUCUAGAAGAAACCUCCAUCGAAAAAGAAAGACAAUUAAUGGAUGAAAAGGAAAAUGACGUUCCCAUAGUAUCGGUAUCUUCGCCGUACGAUUAGCCACUACCCUGCAUCAUUUAGUAUACCCUCAUAGUUCCUUGGCCUGCGAUUCCUUUCUUGAUUGUAUUGACGAUUGUGCGCAAGAACAUGUAUCAUAUAUGCUUUGUGCAAUGGGGGUCAUUGAGACGUCAAACAUUGUCAUCCAUCCAUAGUAG